AUGGCGGCUGUUGCUCCAGUAAAUCCAAAGCCUUUCUUGAAUUCUCUCACUGGUAAACCGGUUCAGGUUAAGCUCAAGUGGGGGAUGGAAUACAAGGGGUACCUCAUGGCCGUUGAUGGCUACAUGAAUCUGCAAUUAGGAAACUCCGAGGAAUACAUCGACGGUGCUCUUGCGGGCCACCUCGGCGAGAUUCUCAUCCGAUGUAACAAUGUUCUCUACAUCAGAGGUGUCGACGAAGAAGCCGAAGAAGGAGAAAGCAAGGAAUAG